GAAAAGUAGUAUUACUUUUCCUCCUUAUAUUAUAUCCUUGGGUUUUUGUAGUUGGUGGGAUUUUGAUAGAUUGAUCGGGAUCUCCGCUACCUGAAUCUCGGUUACUGCAAUCUAUCGAUCGGAUCUAACUGGGCUGAAAUGGGUUCGGAGGAAACCAAAAUUAUAUCACUUGAAGAGGCUUCAAAACACGCCACUAAAGAUGAUUGCUGGCUUAUUAUUUCUGGAAAGGUGUAUGAUAUCACCCCAUUUCUGGAUGAUCAUCCGGGCGGUGAUGAAGUCUUAGUGUUAGCCACCAAGAAAGAUGCCACAGAGGAUUUUGAAGAUGUUGGCCACAGCCAAAAUGCAAGAGACAUGUUAAAAGAUUACUAUGUUGGUGAUAUUGAUGUCAACACUUUGCCAAAAAAAGGACAGUACAAGCCGCCUUCAAGCUCGGGUUCUGGGUCAGAAAAAGCGUCUGGGAGCUCAUCUAACAACUCAGUCAUGUUGUUUUUACCCAUACUUAUCCUGGUGUUGGCAUAUGCUUAUUAUUAUUUUUCUAAAACCGAUAAGGUCGGGAGCCAUGCUUGAAAUGAUGAAGAUUUCGGCAUUUAAAUCUAUAAUAUAUUGUUUGUAAUUUGUAGCUAGAAGGCUCGAGUCUAGCUUCUUAUAGCAUGGAAUUUGAUCUUUAUUUUAAUUUGGUCAGAUAUUGUUGAACAUGUGAAAAACUGAACAUGGUAUUUUUGUUUUUGCAUGGACCUAGUUAAUGCUAUGAUGAUAUGCUUGUGUGGCUUGGUUAUAUUCA